GACUUGUUAAUAUAACCUUAAACAAAUCAUUUGCAAGAUUAGACGACUACUAUUUACGAGUCAUUCUGUUUUCUAUACUCACUUAGUUCAGGCGGUAUCAGUGAUAUUAAAACUAUCAUUAUCUACUAUAAUGCCACCGCAAGAAUCAGAUUGGACUGAAAUAGCUCAAAAAAGAGUAGACGAGAAAAAAACGCACGUAAGCUUUCCACAGUUGAAAUAUCCUUCACUGAGAGAUGAACUGAUAAGAGAUCCCUUGAACUGGCUCCAAGGUAAAGCAAUGGAUGAUGGAGCCGAAGGGCUAUGGAGGGUUCACGACAAAUUAUAUGACUUCAGUGAUUUUAUGAAAAAACACCCUGGCGGUGAGGAGUGGUUGGAACUUACUAAGGGCACGGAUAUUACGGAGGCAUUCGAAGCUCAUCACAUCAACCCUGCAACAGAAAAACUACUGAAUAAAUACUACAUCCGUGAUGCCUCCACACCACGGAAUUCACCCUUCACCUUUAAAGAAGACGGUUUCUACAAAACCCUCAAAAAAGCGACUUAUGAAGAAUUGAAAAAAAUACCGAAAAACGUAUCCAAAACGGCAAAUAAUAUAACUGAUGGACUGUUCAUAUGUCUUUUGAUAAGCUCUGGAUUCGCAUGUUGGACAAAAAACUAUUAUUUAGCAAACUUUUGGUACGUUCUCGCCUCUGUAAGUCUUGCCCUCCUGACUGUGGCUUGUCAUAACUACAUUCAUAGAAAGACCAAUUGGAGGAUGUAUUUGUUUAAUAUGAGUAUGUGGUCUUACAGAGAUUUCCGCGUAUCGCACGUAAUAUCGCACCAUCUUUACACGAACACAUUAAUGGAUUUGGAAAUCAGUUCACUGGAGCCGGUGCUUUUCUUCAAUCCUAGAAAAAAUAAACCUCUCCACGCGAGAUUUGGGUUUAUAACAGAAUUAUUUCUGUUCCCAUUUAUAUUUCUCCUCAGCUUUACUAAAAGAUUUCUUUCCAUAUUCUUCCGUGCAGGGUUUUUCACAAAACAUUACCGGUGGCAUGACGCCAUUGGUUUCCUCUUGCCGACAUGGAUGUGUCUGGUCAGCGGGUCUUCUAUCACACAUGCUAUUUAUAUAUGGCUGUAUAUAAACUGUACUGGAAGUCUGAUAUUCUACUUGAUCGGUGUGAAUGCGGCCCACCAUCACCCUGAUGCGAUCAAAGACGGUGACCAACCGAAGUCUGAAACACCAGAUUGGGGUUUACAUCAGGUAGAAGCACUUCUCGAUCGAAAAGACGUUAAUGGCAACACAUUUGCUGUGUUGACAUUAUUUGGCGACCACACCUUGCAUCACAUGUUCCCUACACUUGACCACUGCGUACUUAAAUACUUAAAGCCUAUUUUCCUAGAGCAUUGUGAGCGGUACCAAGCUAAUUAUAGGGUUUCUACGCAGUUUCAAAUGGUUCUAGGUCAAAUAAGAGAAAACUUGCGAACGGAGUUUAAAACUAUAUAAUUAUAAGGCAUUACGGAUAAUCCACUUGCAUUUUUACAUAUAUUCAAAAUGUUGUGAAUCAAUUGGGAAUGUUUUAUAAAUUUAAUGUUUAAAAAAAUAAAGUUAGUUGGAUUUUU